AUGAACCAAGACGGAGUUUGUGGAAUGACCCCGAUCAGCUGUGGAAAUGGAAAACUGAGGCAAUGGUUGAUUGACCAGAUUGACAGCGGGAAGUAUCCGGGAUUGGUGUGGGAGAAUGAUGACAGAAGCAUUUUUCGUAUACCUUGGAAACAUGCCGGCAAACAGGACUACAACAGAGAUGAAGAUGCUGCUCUUUUCAAGGCCUGGGCACUUUUUAAAGGCAAAUUUCGGGAAGGUCUUGACAAACCAGAUCCUCCUACAUGGAAGACGAGGCUACGAUGUGCUUUAAAUAAGAGUAAUGACUUUGAAGAAUUAGUGGAAAGAAGUCAACUGGAUAUAUCAGAUCCAUAUAAGGUGUACAAAAUCAUCCCAGAAGGCGCAAAGAAAGGACUAAAGCAGCUUGGCUCAGAAGACACUCCAUUAGUAAAUCAUCCAUUCGCUGUACCACAAGCUUACACAUCUCUUCAGCCUCAUUCUCAGGUGCCACACUUUAUGAUGUCUCACGAGCGGAGCUGGAGGGACUACGCACCAGAACAACCACAUCCUGAUCUUCCUUACCAAUGUGCAAGUGUCCCUUUUGCUGCACGUAGUCACUUAUGGCAAAACACUUCCUGUGAUAACAGUUAUCAAGUUACGGGAUCUUUUUAUGCAUGUCCGCCAACAGAGUCACAAACCCCGGGACUUCCAAUAGAACCAAGUAUUCGGUCAGGAGAGGCUAUUGCAUCAGACUGCCGCCUUCACAUCAGCUUAUAUUAUCGUGACACCCUGGUUGAUGAGCGAAUUACAUCGAACCCAGAAGGCUGUAGAAUCGCACAUGGCCAGUGCUUUGAAACAAGUCGCUUGGAUCAAGUCCUAUUUCCUUUCCCGGAAGAUAACAGCCUGAGGAAAAACAUUGAGAAGCUUCUGAGUCACUUGGAGCGUGGUGUCAUCCUGUGGAUGGCCCACGAUGGAAUUUAUGCCAAGAGACUGUGCCAGAGCAGAAUAUAUUGGGAGGGCCCAUUGUCUAUGUACACUGAACGGCCAAAUAAGCUAGAACGGGACUUGCCCUGCAAAUUGUUUGAUACGCAACAGUUUUUAACAGAACUGCAGGCGUUUGCUCACCAUGGUCGCCCAGUUCCGAGAUUUCAAAUUGUUUUGUGUUUUGGAGAAGAAUUUCCAGAUCCACAAAGAGGAAGGAAAUUAAUUACGGCUCAUGUUGAGCCAGUAUUUGCAAGACAGCUAUGUAGCUUUGCUGAACAAAAUGGAGGACAUUUCAUGAGAGGAUAUGACUAUUCAGAUCUUAUUAGCAGCUCUGAAGACUAUCACCGGCCAGUCCGCCAUGUCCCUCUCCCGGAAUGA